CGCUCCCACGGAAACACGUGCCGCAAGAACUCGGCUCAGUCUUUCUAAGAGGUUGUCCCCAGGGCAGGGUCCCCCUCCCCCCCCUUGGAAGUGCAUCUGUGAUCCUCCUCGGAAGAGCGGGCAGCAGCAGCAGCAGCAGCACAGCCCCUCUUGGGCGGAGCUCGCCUCUUCCCUCCUCAUCAGCGUCGCCCGCCCUGGAGUGGAGAAGAGGACCGGGGGAGCUGAAGGCGAGGCGCAUGGGGCUGCUGGCUGCACUUUGCCCGUCGUCGAGCUGCCCACUGAGCGCCGCCUGAAUCCUUCUCCUCCUCCUCCUCCUCCUCCUCCUCACCAUGAGCUUCCCGCGGCCCCUGCGCCGAUCCGUGAGCCUGAACCCAACCCGGACCCUGAGGCUGGUGGUGCUGGGACAAGGCGCGGUGGGGAAAACAGCUUUGACAGUGAGAUUCAUUACCAGGCGAUUUAUUGGGGAUUAUGAUCCUACUCUCGAGAUGAUUUACAGGCACACAGCUGUCAUCGAUGGCGAGAUGGUGCAUUUUGAAAUCCUUGACACAGCAGGACAGGAGGAAGACUCUCUACAAAUUGAAGAGAAGAUCAAGUGGGGAGAUGGUUUUGUGGUGGUGUACUCUGUUACUGACAGAUGUAGCUUUGAUGAAGUCAUGCGACUCUGUUUCCUUAUCAACCACAUCCAUUCCAGCCCAAAGCGGAGCAGUGGGAGUGAACAGCCACCAGUGGUGAUUGUUGGAAACAAGAAAGACCUGCAGUUUGACCGGAUGGUGUCCUCUGAGGAUGGGGAGAACCUCUCCAAGGCCCUGAAGCAUCCUUUCUAUGAGAUCUCUACCAGGGACAACUAUGAGGAGACUGUUACCAUUUUCAACACCUUGUACAAUGAGCUGAUGAAGCAAGGACAUUUUUCCCCAGGGUCCUUCAAGAGGCGAACGGUGUCUAAAUUAAUAGAAAAGAUCCCAAAGAUGCAUGCCAACUCGACUCCGGCCACAAGUGGCAGGAGCCUGAGCUUCAAUUCUUUCAGAGACUACAUCCCAGAGUGAACUUUGGCACAGGCAAUGUGCAGUGCUGAAUGAUGCAUGGAGGGACCAGAUGAAGCUAGCAAGGGCUGCAGAGCUGGGAACACUGCAAGUCCAGAGGCCUGUACAUAGUUAGGAAAGGGUUUUUUCCCCUACCCACCUCUAACACAGGAAGUCAGAGGGAGAUCCUGGGCUGAUUAAGAGCAAGGGGCUAGCAGUGCAAUCGCUAUAUGAGAAUCUGCUGGAUCAGAUCACAUGUCCAGCUAGUCCAGGUUCCUGUUUCCCACAGUGGUCAGCUAGAUGGUUUCAGGAAGCCCACAAGCAGGGCAUGAGGGAAGAAGGCCCCCCUGCACUGUUUGCCCUCCCAGCAAUUUGAAUUCUGUAGCAUAUUGCCCAUUUUGCCAUCACAGUUAGUAGCUACUGAUGGACCUGUCCUCCACAAAUGUGUCUAAUCCCCUUUUAAAGGCAUGUGAGCUGGUAAACCAUCUCCACAUCUUGUGGCCGCAAAUUCCAUAAAUAUACCGGGUGCAUGCAAUUUUCUCCUUGUAUGAUUGGCCUUAUAAAUUGUGGCUGGUGGGCAACUGGGAAAUUACAUUUGCUUAGGUGGCCUCUUUGCACUAUACUUCCACUGGGCCCAAAUAUUGAACCACUUGAUGAGGCCAAGGAAUGAAGAAAAAUUAGAUGUCCUUGCAGGUCAGAACAUGAGUGUUGAGCUCAACAACAGCUCAGGCCUUGUUGAGUAUCCGCAUCUCUUAUUCUACAUAUAGUUGUGAAGAAAGGUUUAUUAAGACUUCCUCUCAUCUUUCUGACUCUGGCUAGUAGGUUGCUGAUCCCUCCCCUCCAUCAGUACAGUAUUCACAACUACUAGAACUUUAUGCAUCUAACCCCCUCCAUUCUGGAUCAAGCUAACUGGCUCACUAGCAACUGAUGCAAUAAUAUCUUACUUGUCCAGCUAAACUAAAGGACAUACAACCACAGAUGUUUAGCGUUGGCAGGGACCUUGGAGGUCUUCUAGUCCAACCCUCUGCUUAGAGAAAGAAACCAUCACAGCAUCCCUGACACAUGGCCAUCCAGCCCGUUUGGAACACUGGAUAUUUUCUUGAUUAAAGGUCUGGAUGAUGGGGAGUACCAUUUCAUGGCUGGCCUGCUAAUGAGGCAAGGUGGGGCAGCCACCUCAGGUGGCAGAUUGGCUGCCUCUACUAUACCUGCCACUUCUGGCCACCUUUCUUGGCCCACUAAUCCUCCAAACCUGUCCCAGUGGCUGUGUCGCAUGUGCGCCACCCCCCACCCCCCUUGUCAUCUUCCUGCUUCUCCCUCUGUCCUGCCCUUCCUUUCGAAAAGGCAGAGGAUGCGGACAUUGGAGUGGCAGAAAGUCACUCAAGACACUUCCUGCUCUCGGACUUGCCUGUGUCUUUUCAAAAGGCAGGGUGUGAGGUGACUGGGAUGGAGGAAAGAUUAGGGCAAGGAUGAUGACAACCAUGUACCCCACCAAAAGAGAAGUGGAGGGGAAUUGAGGGGGAGGAGGAUUGGUGGCAGGGGAGGCAAGUGAGAUCAGUGGAGGGGUUGAGAGCGAUCAGCAGGAGGAGGUGGGAGGAAUAUAGUGCAUGGUAUACUUUGCAUUUCACAUGGAUAGUAGGUAUGGGAAAUGGGCAGGAGAUGGGGCAGUGGCUCAUCACACCACCUUAGGUGUUGGGGAGGCAUGGCUUGGCUGCACCAAAUUCACAGGUUUAUAAUGACACAAGACUUCAUGGGGUGGGGGGCAAAUAAUUCAGAGAAUGGGGAAGUCCACAGAAUAGUAGAGCUAAAGUGACCAAAAAGGCAUCAAGUCAGUCCCCUGCUAUGGUGUCACAAUUUCCUCCUCUUCAAAUGUUGUAUCCAUCUUGCUGAUUUACUGUCCUUUAGCUAACUGGAGAAGCCGUGGAAUGAACUGGAGACCACCUGCAUGCAAGGCAUAUGUCUGCCACUGACCUAUUACCCCUCCCAAACUACAUAUUUCAUCGCAUCCAUUGUGCUAAUUUACUUUUCAAGGGCUCCUCAAUGCUUGCUAACCUGGGAGGAGUGAUGCCUGACUCACCAGCUCAGUCCAGUCCACCAAGACUUUUGCACCAUCUCUCAACAUUGCGCGCCAGCCUUCUGCUUGCCACCCACUUGCUUCGCAGCGUGGUAUGCAUGACUUCUGUGUGGGCAACACAAAUACACUCCUUGUGUCUCUUAACAUGCAGAUCUUGUACAUGGAAGGAUGCUCCUUAUUUCUAUCGGGAACAAUCAGAGCCAUUUGUGUUUUCUCUGGCACUUGAUCAAAACACAAGGACCAUGUUUUGUGUGUGUCCCCCACCCCCCAAUGGUAGUAAAAGGAACUGCCUUCAUGUCUAAAAAGGCAGCUUCUUUUUGAAGCUUAGUCCAUUUUCAAAUCGGAGUUAGAUGUGUUUGUUCACUUUUCUUGCUCUGAAGCUGUGUGGCUUCAAAAUUACAUUUUGUGCUGUACAAGUCUAUUAUCUUCUGUUGUUGCAUAAAAGCUGUACGCAUGCAGGGGAAAUAAGCAUAUUGUAUAGGAAGCAGAAUCUAUUUACACAAAAAAGGACAGUUAAGAGUACAGAUUUUACACCCUGGGAGACACAAAGGUAUGAUGGGAUUUAUUUAUUUUUUACUAAAAGAGAGAGAGAGAGAGAGAAACACAAAUAUGUGAAGGCCUGGACCAGAUGGUCCUGGAGAUGUGUGACUGCCACCAGGGCAGCAGCCUUGUAACCUUUUCCUCUGGUAACAUCUGAUAAAACAAAAUGCAUUAUGUAAUACUACCAUAUCCCAAGUUUCCCUGCCCAUGCUCAAGCUCACUGGUUGCUGCCUGCAGAAGCAUGGAAACUCAAGAGUGUGAUGACAGCACAUCCUGUUUUGUUUUAUGGGGAGGGGAUGGAGAAAAUGAAGCAUGCCGUCAACAUAUGGCUUCCGUGGCAUCCAGUUCUAGCCCAAAAUGGAGGGAUCUACAGUUCCAGCAGUCUUUCAGCUUCUGUCUAGAUUUUCCCAUGCUAUGUGAUACCAACAUUUGACUAUGUAGCUGUUGCCCAGUAAUCCUCCUACCCCAGGGCUAGAAAACAACUGGGAUGUGAGAAAAUGUUCCUAAGAUCAGUUAAUGUGGAUUGACUGAUUAGUUAAUUGUCAUGUAAUUUUAAUUACUGUUUUAUUCACAGCAAUGGAGAGAUUGUACCCUGACAAAAGUGUGGAAUAUAACUUCUUUCCAAAGAACAUUUCAGGAAUGGACAAGAAUUGUGUCUUUGACAAUUGAGGGGAAUUAGAAUGUGCUAAAAUAGUCCAGAGCUGAGAGAGUACUGACUAUCAAGGGAUACUCCCUAGGGCAUGGCAGCAGGGGCCACUUAUCCUGUCCUCAGUGGACUGGUAAAUUCUGUGGUAUCUGCCUGUGGUCCACUCAGGUCUCCUGCCCAUCUGUCUUGCAGACUUCCAAGGCCAAAAGCCGCAUUUCUGCUAGGAGCAAUGCUCGCUUGGUUGUAUUGGCCUUUCCAGAUACUUCUUGCCACAGCCACACUGAAGUGCCAAGAUAGGAGCCCAGAAAGCUCCGGUGCCACCAAGUCCAUAGAUGAGCAGGGUAUGCUACAGAACCGCUGCUGUCAUGUCUUCGAACCAGAGCUUGGUAGUGUUGGAACCUUGUUUCUUGAAAGUUACUUCUACGGAAUAGGAACAUAUGAACAUAGGAGACUGCCAUAUACUGAGUCAGACCAUUGGUCUAUCUAGCUCAGUAUUGUCUUCACAGACUGGCAGUGGCUUCUCCAGGGUUGCAGGCAGGAAUCUCUCUCAGCCCUAUCUUGGAGAUGCUGCCAGGGAGGGAACUUGAAACCUUCUGCUCUUCCCAGAGCGGCUUCAUCCCCUGAGGGGAAGAUCUUGCAGUGCUCACACAUCAAGUCUCCCAUUCAGAUGCAACCAGGGCAGACCCUGCUUAGCUAUGGGGACAAGUCAUGCUUGCUACCACAAGACCAGCUCUCCUCCUCCAAAUGUGAAUGUUCGAAUGUUACUGCAUUUCCGAAUGAACACUCUCCGAAUGUUACUGCAUUUGUCACUGGCCCUCACAUGCUUGAAUAAGCCAGAGGAACUGACUGGUCCUCUUACUUCCCAAGAGUGACAUUUCCAUGUGUCAUCUUUGACAUGUGAUUCCUACGCAUCUGGGAAACUGCCCUUUGCAAGUUGAAGAGAGUAGCUUCCUGGGCUCCUGGUGAGAUGCUGUAGCACCCAACCAAGAAUGGGAGGAACUCUCCUGGGAAAAGACAGAUACAAUUUUGCCCAGGAUGUAUGUCCCUGUGGUCACGACAGGAAGCCAGCUGUAUGGAUAGCAGCCUGCAGUGGCUGCUCUCAGCCAUGUGGUCUGGCAGAGGCUGGUGACUCUGGGUUGUAAAUACUGGAAGUGCUGAGACAGCACAUGCAGAGCCCAGAAUCUGAGCUGUCUGAACAUGCUGUCAGCCUGACAGUAACAUUCAAGCUUACCUUGAAGCAAACCUCUACUGUUGUUUUUUUUAAUUUCAAAAGGGGGCAUUGUCACAGUGAACCCAUUUGACAAAAUUCUUUCCUUUCAUUACUACUGACAUCCAAGGUUGUUAAACGUUUUCCUUUGAUUUAUCUUCUGGCAUUUUCAACUUAUUUUACCCAAUAACAAUGCCCUAGAUAAAAGCUUGGCCUUUUCCCUCCUCUUAAAUUAACGCCAUUCAGCUUUGCACUGUGUAGACAUCUCUAGGGAACAGAUAAAUGAAAUUAAAACCUCUUCAAAGGGAACCCUUUAAAAGAUACAAUCAUAAAUCCAGGGCUCUGUAAAAUGGAGGGAAAACUCAGCCAGAGUUGUUUUCUUUCAAGUAGCCUGGCUCUACUGGGUGUGUCACAGCUGUUUUUCAGAUAGGCUUUUAAAGUGAUUUGCUUGUGUGGUAAAAUACUCUAUUGUGGGCCAUUGUCUCAUUUAAGGAUCCUUCCAUUCUGGGGCAAGUUUUCCAAGCUUAUUUGCAUUUCCAUGGGAGAAAGAUGUGACUGUUGAUUUGCAUUUCCAUUGGAGAAAGAUGUGACUGUUGGGUCUCUCUCUCUCACACACAUACAGACACACAAGCGUUUUCUAGCGGAAAGGGAGUUGUCAAGAUUUUGUGUAUUCAUGAGGAUUUUUAUUGAAGGCUUGUUCACUGAUAUGUGUCUUCAUCACCUUUUCUUAUCCAAGGGGCCAGCAAACACAGUCCCUUAAAGAGCAAAUCUAUGUACUUGUAUUGCUUUAUAGAAACACAUUACAGUGACUGAAAAGCAUAGUAUUCCUCCUGAUACCAUAAUUUAAUGAAUUCUGUUGAACCUGCCAUAGACCAAACACUUGCUGGGAAGUGUGCAUGCAGUGAAAUAUAGACUGGAAUAAUUUUUCUUCAGAUGUUGAUUCACAUAAGAUGUUAUAAAAAGUAAGCAAAUUAUUUCCUUUUUCAGCCCUUUAUUUAAAACAUCUCAUAGUCACAAAAUUCCACAACAGUAGCACUGAAAGCAUCACAUCUAUGGCAGCAUUCACAAAUACAUAUGGAUAAACAAUGGAUUAUAAUGUAAUGUGAUGUAACCUGCUAGAAAAUCUGGUAAUUAUAUCAUCAGAGACAGUCUGGUAAAUAUUAUAAAUGCUUCUCUGAGGGAGGGCAGGAUGCCUCCUUGUCUUAAAGAGGCUAUUAUUAGACCACUUUUGAAGAAACCUGCAUUGGAUCCCUCAGAGUUAGCUAAUUACAGACCUGUUUUCCAAUCUCCCAUGGUUGGGCAAGGUGAUUGAGCAGGUGGUAGCCUCUCAUCUCCAGGCAGUUUUGGAUGAUGCAGACCUAUCUAGACCUAUUUCAAAGUGGCUUCCAUGUAGGCUAUGGGGUUGAGACUGUCAUGGUCACCCUGAUGGAUGGUCUCCAACUGGCUGUCAACAGAGGGAGUGUGACUCUGCUGAUCCUUUUUGAUCUCUUGGCAGCUAUUGAUACCAUCGACCAUGGUAUACUUCUGGAGAGCCUGAGGGAGGUGGGAUUGGGUGGCACAGUUUUACAGUGGUUACGUUCCUACCUCUCUGGUAGAUUUCAGAUGGUGUCACUUGGAGACUGCUGUUCUGCAAAGCGAGAACUAAAGUGUGGAGUCCCACAAGGCUCCAAACUGUCUCCAAUGCACUUUAACAUCUACAUGAAACUGCUAGGAGAGAUUAUCAAGAGGUUUGGUGCUUGGUGUUAUCAAUAUGCUGAUGACACCCAGAUUGAUUUCUCCAUGACAACCUCAUCAGGAAAUGGCAUAUCUUCUCUAAAUGCCUGCUUGGAGGUUGUAAUGGGCUGGAUGAGGGAUAACAACUGAGAUUGAAUCCAAAUAAGACGGAGGUGCUGACUGUGGGAGGUCAAAGAUGGUUCUGCCUGUUCUGGAUGGGGUUACACUCCCCCUGGAAGAACAGAAAAAUAGCUUUGGAGUGCUCCUGGACCCCAAGCUCUCCCUGGUUUCUCAGGUUGAGGCAGUGGCCAGGAGCACCUUUUAUCAUUGAUAUGACAGCUAUGUCCAUUUCUGGAGGUAAAAUACCUUAAAACAGUGGUACAUAUACUGGUAACCUCUAGACUUGACUACUGUAAUGCACUCUAUGUGGGGCUGCCUUUGUAUGUAAUCCAGAAACUACAAUUGGUACAGAAUGUGGCAGCCACAUUGGUCUCUCGGACAACUCAAAGAGACCACUUAACACUGGUUUUAAGGAACUGCAGUGGCUCUUGAUAUGUUUCCGAGAGAAAUACAAAGUGCUGGUUAUUACCUAUGAAGCCCUUAACGGCUUGGGUCCAGGGUAUUUAAGAGAGCACCUCCUUUGUCAUGAACCCUGCCACCUGUUAUGAUCUUCUGGAGAGGUUUGAUUAUGAUUGCCACCGGCUCGUCUGAUGGCGACCCAGGACCAGGAUUUCUCUCUGUGGCUGCCCCAGGGCUUUGGAAUAUGCUCCCUGCUGAAAUAAGAGCAUCUCUUUCUCUGUUUGUUUUCAGGAAGACCCUCAAGACUCACCUGUUCUCAAAGGCUUUUAAUUAGAAUUAAUUUUAAUGAUUUGUUUUCAUCAUUGUUUUAUGCUACCAUUUUUGUUUAUGUUUUAUGCUACUGUUUUAAUUGUUUUGUGUAUUUUGAUCUGUGCAGAUUUUUAAAUGUUAUUUUAAAUUUUGGACAUAUGAUGUACAUAUUUAAAUGAUGUAUACAUAUCAGGUGAUAUACAAAUAUGAUAGAUAAAUAAAUAAAUGUCCAGCUGAAUUUCAAAA